CUGCAUUAGUCCGAGCGAUCUCUCAUUGGUUGUCCUUAUCGUUCUUGACGUUCUUGGGCGGGACUCUGCGUUACGGAGACAUACUAUCCGGCCCGGGUCGACGAUUAGUCGUGACCUAGCAAUUCUCCUCCCCUCGAGUCAUCUAUCGUGACCUUGACGCUCGACUUACAACUGUGCACUACACCGAAAGGAGCAACGACCGCAUAUAUGCGCGAAGACAACUCGCCACCACUUCCUGUCCAUGCCCCUAUCGCUCGGCGACCGGACGAGAGCCACCGGGUUUCAUUCGCCCAGGCGCCGUCGAUCGCCGACGAACCCAGCCCAGACGCCACCGACGCCCAAGGUGACGGAAGCAGUACUGGUCGCACUUCAGACCCCGAAAUGCAGCAGCAAGAGAUCGUACAGGAGAAGGCGAGCAGGAAUAGCAGUGGGGACAUUGCUCGACACAGAGGCGAUGCGAACGAGAAGGGGAAUAGCGAGGUCACGAAGGCGACACGGAGGGCUCCUAUCUUUACCGUACCAAAGCAGCUUCGGUGGAUCCCGGCCAAUGCGACGUGGUCGAAGUUGAAGCCUGCGAUUAGGAGCGCUCUAGCUGCCUGGCUAUCUCUAGUUCUCCUUCUCAUCCGUCCUGUUCAACAGUCCAUGGGUCAGGCUAGUUUCAUCAUCCUAGUCGCUUCCGUCCUAUCACCGCCAAGCGACCAGUUCAUGGCCGUCCUGGAGCGCGAGUUCUUCAUCUUGCUGUUCGUCACUACUUCAUGGGCAUGGAGUUGCCUCGGUAUUAAACUGGCCAACCUAACUCGAAGGCAUAUCGUCCCCAACGCGAGUUCCACCAGCAUCUUCUCUGGUCAAUACAUCGAAUGGCGGGUAACAGUGAUUAUGGCCAUAUUUAUGUUCAUAGGUUCAGCAACCAUGUUGUAUAUUAAAGGGAAAGGUCCGGGUCCGUAUACAUUCGCGACGGUUCUGUCCUGUAUCUGCCUGAGUAUCUCUCUGACAUCGGCGCCGUUGUUUCCAUACGCAUACUACCUUUUCGGCAAAACCAUCGUCGUCCCCGUCGCGAUCCAUUCUGCCGUCGCGCUCUUCUGUUCGCUCUUCUUUUUCCCAGAAACGGUCAUGGGCGAAUAUCGCACCCGCCUCCGGGCCGUGUUCACCCCUUUGGUUACCUCGCUCACCCUGCAUCGCGCCGCACUCGGCACAGACCCGCACUCGCCCGCGUUUGCCUCGACCGUUUCCUCCAUCCGCACCGCCGUCGCGCAGUCCGAAGGCGCGCUCGUCCCGCUCGCCGCUUCCACGCGGCUCAUCACUCGCGACAUCACCUACGGCCGCAUCGGUCCUGCAGAUCUGACCAGCCUCCAGCCCGACUCCCGUCGGCUGAGCGUGCGCGCUAACGGGAUGGGCGUCUUCUUCGCGCUUGUAGAUCCCCUUCGUGAGCGCUUCCCGAUGACGCCAGGCCCUAGCCGCGUUGGCAGCCCGGCGCAAAGUAGGGUGGGCACGCCAGGACCGAGCAGGCCCGGAAGCUCGCCUGGAAGCCCUCCGGGGUCUCCAAGGGAGAGCAGGCCCCCCAGUCCGUCACCUAGGCGGGAUGACCUCGAGAGUGGCCAGGUGACGCCAACGUCCCCGGUAUCGGUUACGGGAACGGGCACGGGAACUGGAACCGGAUCGGGGACUUAUACAAAGGAUAGGGAAAAGGCCGGGAACGCGCGUCGAAGGCGUCAAAACGCCUCCCGGACCGACUCAAGCGCGCACGCACACUUCCGCGACAUCUUCCAGCACCAUCCACACUCACCCUUCAACAUGUCGCGCUUCCACCAUCACCACGCGCGUGCUCCCGUGUCGACCGGCGCGAACCACCAUCACAGCCUACACAACUCGCUAUUUCACUUUGCGCUCCAGCGGAACGAGCCACUUGUGGGAGUGUUCGAGUCCCAGCGGUACCAAAGCCUCGAGAACAGACACUACGCGCAUCCGAGUGGGGAGCGUUUGUUGACGCGGGCGGUUGAGCUUCUCGGGCAGAGCUGCGACGGACUGCUGAGCGCAAACUUGGACGGGUUGAAGGGUGUCGAGAGAUGGCUGGACGUCGUGAGGCAGGACCGAUGGGACUGGGUGAUGGUAUGGAAGAGAGGGAGGGAGAGGGAGAAAUGUUGGAAGGAAGGGAGGGAGGAGGUUGAGAAGUUGCAUGCGGCGCUGGUGGAUGAAUUGAGGCUCUUUAGGGAGGUCAAGAGGCACGCGAUUCUGGAGCCCUAUCGCGUUGCGUUGGACCCGAGGCAGGGAGCGGACGAUAUGGACACGCCACCUCAUCGAUACCUCUUCCACUGCUAUGUGUAUCAGUACCAUCUGAUGCGAUUCUCUCAGAAUCUGGUCGACGUGCUCGGCGGCAUAUUGAAGGUGGAAGAGAAUGCAGGACGUAGUCGUCUGUGGUACCCGACUUCGUGGCUAUCCCGAGCGAAUGUCUUAUGGCAGUCGUACACCACCUAUAAUGAAGCCGAGGAUCGAGGGGAGGACGAAGAUCCAAACGUUGUUCAAGGUAUAGGCGACCACUGGCCGGAGGAUCUGGGCCAGACAGCUGGUCGAGAUCCAGAUGCCAUGCCCCCUGCGAACCCAUUCGAAUGGGUCAUGAACUUCCUAUAUCGCAAUCUUGCUGCUCUCACUAGAGGCAAUGCUGUCUUUGCCAUCAAAGCCGGCGUAUUGACUAUCGUGCUCGCGCUUCCGAUCUUCAUCCAGUCGUCUGCCGAAUUCGGCUAUGAAAACCGGUUCAUUUGGGGAAUCUUCAUGGGCCAGCUUACUCUGGCGCGUUUUCGCGGAGACACGACAUUCGGCCUCACCGCUCGCAUCUUCAGCACGUUUGGUGGCGGAGUGCUUGGCCUGCUCAUGUGGUACAUCUCCACCGGUGCAGGCCAUGGCAGCCCGUACGGCCUCGGCGCCGUCACCGCGAUUUUCUUUCCCUUCAUGUUCUUCGGGAGGCUAUACUGGCCGGUCCCUCCGAUGACAAAGAUCAUCUUCUUCGUGACAGCUAUGCUAGUUGUCGGUUACUCGUGGCAGGACACCCACUUCCCUCUGUUUGGCUCCCCUGGUGUCGGUUGGGCAGUGGCAUGGAGACGCUUCGUCCUGGUUACCGCGGGGGUGACAGCAGCCUUUAUAUUCUCUUUCCUUCCUCCAUCCACAACUCUGCGGCGGUAUCAGCGAUCAAGUCUAGCCACCACCGCCACCGACUUAGGAUGCCUCUACUGUUCGAUAAUCUCGUUCGCCGUCACUCAUCACGCGCGGCCGAGCAAGGACAACAUCACUCAGGAGAUCGUCCGCAGCCUCAUCGCUAUCCGAGCCAAGUUGAAGCGGUCCAUAGCACUCAAAGAUAACAUAAUAUAUGAGUUCUCGCUUCGAGGGAAGUGGCCCGCGGAAAGGUACCAGAAGAUCUGCGACACGCAGCUACAGAUUGCUUAUCUCUUAAGCAACCUCAUGUCCGUGGUGGAGCAGUUAGACGGCCCAUGGACGUAUGCGUUCCUCCAACGCACGCGAUUCCUGGAUUCCGACUUCCAGGGGGACGUCUUAGCUGUGAUCAGUUUGAUCACCACAGCACUACGCACGGGGAAUCCUCUGCCUCAGAUCACGCCAUGCCCUCUGGUCGACCGAUUCAUGCUCCAUCAACAUGGGCUCAAUGUCCUCCUACCGGACCAAGACGAUCCUUACGGGCUCCCUCGGACGGUCACCAUCGAUACGUUGGAGAACGAGCAAUAUCUGAUCUUCUGCGUGGCAACGACGACCGCAUUCAACAUUAUGACGAGGUUGGACCGCCUCAUGGUGGCCACGAAGGAGCUCGUCGGGGAGCAAUACCACAUCGACGGAGUGGGCAUCAGACUAGCCGAGGGGCGCCGGGGCAUCCCUAUGGGCUCCCGUACGACCACAAAAGAGGCAUGAUCCCCGUCACUCGGAUGGUGCCUUUGAGCACUGUAUACUGGCACCACGUCAUCAUGACAAACUAGAGGGCGUGACCAUCCUCAAGCAUCGGCUUUUCACGCACAUCGCUGAUCUCGGAGCCACCUGACACUCUCCUUGCUGCGCAUCUAGCGCUGUAGAUGUGCAAGCUCGCCUUUACGGGCGAAGGGGGCUCGAAUCCGAGAGUGGUUCAGGGGUUGGAGGGUGCCGUUUCACUCCCUACGAAACGGGUCUACACUGCUGACAAGGUGCUCCUCAGCGAUGACGCGACGGGCCGGCUUGUGAUUGUACUGCGAGUAUGAUGUGGUCUACAAUGUCUCAGCACUUCCUUUGCAAUGCAAUGUCAGAUGGUCAUGGACCAAUCUUGUACCCG